GGCUGCGCGUAGACACCCACGUUAUUUCUGCGGCUUGAAUAACGGCUACUUUUGAUACAACUGGGCUUUUAUCACACCGUCUACCUUACAACGAUAGGAAAGAGGCACCGUAUAUGUUUUGACAACGUAUAUCUAAUGAGUUAUUGAUGCCGGAAGUCCGAAUAUAUGAAUAUCUUUCCAACUUUAUCGAACUGAUUACGGGCUCCGGUAGCGUUUGCCGUGUGGUUCACAGGCUUCAACAAUGAGAGGACAACGGAGCUCACAUUCUCUGCCUGUAAUGAUAUUCUUGAUCGUACUGUGGCAGGCACGGUCAAGAGCAGACUCCAAUUUCACAUGCAACUCCAAAGACAUUACAACCUUCACCAAGAUCCUGGACAGCCUUCUGGAUGGAUAUGACAACCGACUGAGGCCUGGCCUGGGAGAUCGAGUAACAGAAGUGAAGACGGACAUCUAUGUCACCAGUUUUGGACCAGUAUCUGACACAGAUAUGGAGUACACUGUAGACGUUUUCUUCCGCCAGAGUUGGAAGGAUGAACGAUUGAAGUUCCAUGGACCAAUGAACAUUUUGCCUCUCAACAACCUAAUGGCUAGUAAGAUCUGGACCCCCGACACGUUCUUUCAUAAUGGCAAGAAAUCUGUGGCCCACAACAUGACCAUGCCCAAUAAACUACUUAGAAUCAUGGAGGAUGGAACCUUGCUCUACACUAUGAGGUUAACAGUUCAAGCUGAGUGUCCCAUGCACCUGGAGGAUUUUCCCAUGGACUCCCAUUCAUGUCCUCUCAAGUUUGGUAGCUAUGCCUAUACUAAGACAGAGGUUACUUACAUCUGGACUAGAAAUGCUUCCCAGUCAGUGGAUGUGGCAGCUGAUGGAUCAAGACUUAACCAGUAUGACUUGCUGGGCCAAACUGUGGGGAAAGAGACCAUAAAAUCCAGCACCGGCGAAUACACAGUCAUGACAGCUCACUUCCAUUUGAAGAGAAAGAUUGGUUACUUUGUAAUCCAGACAUAUCUGCCCUGCAUCAUGACAGUAAUCUUGUCCCAGGUCUCUUUCUGGCUCAAUCGAGAGUCUGUGCCAGCUAGAACGGUCUUUGGUGUAACAACAGUCCUUACAAUGACAACUUUGAGUAUUAGUGCCCGUAAUUCACUGCCCAAGGUGGCCUAUGCUACUGCAAUGGACUGGUUCAUUGCUGUCUGCUAUGCCUUUGUCUUCUCUGCGCUCAUUGAGUUUGCUACUGUCAACUACUUUACCAAGCGAGGCUGGGCCUGGGAUGGAAAGAGUGUUGUCAAUGACAAGAAAAAGGACGCAGCUGUCAUGAAGAAGAACAAUGCUUAUGCUGUAGCUGUGGCUAACUAUGCUCCCAACAUCACGAAAGACUCUACAUUACCCACUAUCUCCAAAUGUGUUCUAAGUGAUCCCAACAAGACCACAGCAGAGACAAAGCCAGAGCAGUACAAGAAAACUUUUAACAGCGUCAGCAAGAUUGACCGCAUCUCCCGUAUCAUGUUCCCUGUGCUGUUUGGGAGCUUUAAUUUGGUCUACUGGGCCACUUACCUGAACAGAGAACCAGUCAUUAAAACCCAGGUCCUUCCAAAUGAAAUGUGACUUCUCUAAUCACAAGUCACUGGACUUCUCUAAUCACAGCCUAUUCUGGAUUCAUAUAUGUGUUGGUGUUAUUUUUUUUCCCAGUUUUCUAGCUGUUUACAUGCAGGAAAAAUAUCUUUUUCUUUCAUUUUUGGAUCACUUCAGGUUGACAUCAUGGCUGGGUUAGACUAUACUUGAGAAUUAUAAAUCAGUGGAAAAACAGUGAAAGAUUGUAAAAACAAAAUAGAUUUUCUAAAUAUGGGCUCACUGAUUAUUUUGUUAUCUGGUAAUAAUAGAAAAAAAAACACAGCAUAACCUGAUAAUGUUUAAUACUGCACUACACUCAGAAUGAUGAAAAUACAGAGAAUUAUCACCUUCGGUCUACAGAGCUUUUCAUCCUUCUCCCAAUUUUCAGCAUAUGCACUGUCAUAUAAUGACACUAAAGGCUUUGAUUUAAUUUGAUUUAGUUUUGAGUCCAAAAACAUUUGUUUUAGUUCAGCACCAGCACUCAAACUGGUACUGACUUUACCAACCAACUUAGCUGCAUUUAACAGCUAAAGAGUCACAUAUUUUCCUCACGAGCACAAUACAGUUUUCAGUUUGAAAUUCUGAACUUUAAUUGAAAGUUUCUAUAAACGUUGUUAAAUCAAUUUUACUUACUCCACUAACAAAACUGUCUUUAUUUGUGAGUGAUUUAAUUUUUUGAAAUGUAUUUAUUAAUUUGAUAGUUGCUCAGAAAUUUCACUACAUAAUGCAUUAUGAAUCUUCAUGCAAUAGUAAAAGAAAUUGUUGUGAGCUUCAUUAUGAAGUGGGCAGCAUAGUUCGGUGGUUAGCAGUGUUGACUCACUAGAUGGUCCUCAGUUCAAAUGUCCUGUGGACUCUGUGUGGUGUUUCCGUGUUCUGUUACCUUGUAGGUUUUCCUCCAAUGUGCUCCAGCUUCCUCCGAAAGUCAGGAACUUGACCCGACUUUCAAAGUUGUCAAACUGUCUUCAGUCAAGAAUUUUUUCUUAGUUGUCAUGGAACUUUAAAUGUUCAAGCUUUACAUUAUUUAUUAAUUGACCUACUUGUCCAUGUUGAUUUGAAAGUAAAGGACCUAUCAGUCUGUACUUAGUGAAGAUAUGAGUAAAACAAUGGUCAUGGCAAAAACUACGAUUUUGAAUUCCCAGAGUUAAAAGAACAUGAUCGACAGCAAUUUUGAUGUUAAAAAUGCUCUGCACAUAGAAAACUCAGCUCCUAGGCUUCAUCCGCACAAAUACAUUUUAAUUUUAAAACGCAAAACUUUUGCUACGUUGUUUUGCUACUUUUGCCCAUCUUUCUGACUGUCUUAUGGUUUGCGGGGGAUUUGAACCCAAGAUGAGUGUGACACAGAGCAGACGUCAGGCAGGGUGACCACUAGAACAGGUCUUUGAGUUACCUUUCGUGAAUAAAGUAACAACAAUGCCAACUAUGGCCGGAACUCACAAUGUUGGGGGGAAGGGGGGCAGUCAGGCUCCAGGGGCGCGGCAGUCCGGUGGCUCAUGUCGGCCGACUGGGGCAGUCAGGGCGGGGAAGGUCCACACCCUCUCCAGAGAGCGGCAGGGGUCCACGUCCGCUAUAUGGCGGACGGCUCGGGGAAAACAGGCUGCUCCGUGUCAUCCCGUUCGGCUGGAGGUACUGAGGCAGAAUGGUCCCACGUCCCUUGCUGUGUGAAGCCGGCCUUUAUAGCAGAUGGUAUGAGCUGCAGAUGUGAGGCUCUCGCAGCUGCACCAAAUCCACUAAUCAGCAGCUGCAGAGAGCCUUCACAGACCGCCACACACCGGCAGGGGAGCAGAUGGCCAGAAGGGGGCGGGGCAGGCUAGACCCAUGACAGACUGAGUCUUACCAUCAUCUAAUUAUGGUUGUUCCUUGAUUGAUCACAGUUCUACCACAUGAACACUUUCUGGAAUAAAAUGAAAACCUUGACAGCCAAUAGUUAAGUGUAGAUAAAGGACUGAUAAUAGUUUAGGCUACAGAUUGCUUACCUUGUUGUCCGUGCUAACAGCUGUUGUGCAGUUCAGUAAAACUACUGAACAUGUGAAUGGUCAUUUCAUAAACCUUUUCAGGUGUGUCAGUAUGCAUGGAGACAGAGUUAAAAUUCUGAUCUGUACAGAGACCUUUUUCACUUUGUCUUUUUUAAAUGAAAACUUUGUUUUAAAAUGAAAAUUUGUUCAUGUGGAUGAAGCUAUAAAAAACUCCACUUAUAGGUAACAACCCAUGUAGCGAAAAUGACUUGAUUUCAACUUGGGCAAAUCUGACAUUAGAAUUCCUUUAGCUCUUUUCAAGGUACUUUUUGGUCACCCACCUGUCGGAGUUUCAGAGCUGCAGAAACAGAAAUUUGAGACUUCUCUGUCUUUUUCUACUGUAGCCUCAGACAUGUUGGGAACAUCAAUAGUCAUAUUUAUAACCACAUGUUGAACAUGCAAUGUGUUUUGGAUACAAUAUAUAUAUUUUGCAUCUAGGAGAUGUACUGGAUUGCUGAAGGAUUUUCAUAUCAGCAGUAAUGUAGCACAAUGAUGGAUGUGUGUCCCUUUAUAUGAGAAAAUGCAAUAAAAAUAUUUUGUCCUGAAAAUCAUUGAAUGUUCGUGAUAAAUAUCCAUGAUGUCAAUAUUGAUCAAAAUAAAUAUGAUUAUCACUUUGAGUAUACUCA